AUUGAGGAAAGUAAAGGACGGCGGAUACCAACUGCAAUGAAACUAAGCGAUGUAUGUCAAAUGUACAGUGACAAAGCAAAACCACUCGACCAGAAAGACAUGUUAAAGGUGAAAUUGAAAAAGGAAGAUGGAGAGUUAUGGGCUAGAAGACCAUUGACUGCUGAGAUGAUCGAAUAUGCUAGUAAUGACGUCACUGCCUUAAUACCAACAGUUUACCUCAAUCAGAAAAGAAUCCUAAAAGAGAAAGCAUUAUUGACUGAGUAUGAAAAGAGAGUUCAAGAUGAGAUAAAUUACCACAUAGACGAAGCUGCUUCAGAGAGAAAGAGAAUAAGGGUUGAUGGAAUAGUUCAAUCUGUUUUGAAUGGCAUUGAAAAUAAAUACGGAAACGAUACAAGGUUUCAAGACCUUACGGAUGAAGAUGAAAUAAAAGCGAUACAGAAUUGCAGAUACGAUCAAGAAGUCAUGUCCCAAUUUAUCAAUAAACUGAAGAUAGAAUCGAUCAAAGCACGACUGCAAGAACUAAGUGACCAAUUGUCUUCAGAAGGCAAUAAUUUUCUUCCCAAAGGGCAAUCAUAUGGAUAUUUAAGGGCUUAUCAGUAUCUUCCAGAUAAAGAUAUACACGAAGAAGCAAAACGUCUUCAGAAAGCACUAGAAACAAUAUUUCUAGCUGACAUGGUUAACAAAUACAGUCCGAGUACAAAUAUUAUCGUUAUUACACAAUAUGAGAAAGAUGCAUUGCGGAAUAUUCGACCAAGAAACAAAAAUGACAACAGGAUCGAUCCCGUACACUUAUCACUGUAUUGGCAAAUGCAUGAAAAAGACUUAGAUCUUGAAAUUGAACGAUUAGAAAUUUCUGGGAGAAGAUAUAACAUACCGCAAGGAAAAUAUAAAUGGCUGAAGUAUAACUGUUGUGACAAUGUACCAGACGAAAUCAAAAGGAAAGCAAAAAGGCACAUCGUUAACCUAGACAAAACCUUUGGAAAGGGGAAAUAUUCAGCUUGAUAUUAUAUCCAUUUCUCAGUUAAGGCUCAACGAGUGACAAUAUGUCAAACCAAAACACUAUUAAGUAGUACAUAUAGUAUAUAAUAUUUAUAUAAUGCUUACAACCUAUGACGCAGGGACAUUGACAAGAAACAACGGAAUUAUACUUUUAGGUAUUAAAUACGUAAAUGAACUAAAUUCUGAA